CUCACCUUCAUUCAUUCACUCCCUCCCUCGCUUGAGUUUCCAGAAAGCUGCUCAAAAGUUUACAUUGGAGCUAUCUAUGGCUAUGAGUUCGACAAGCAAAGCUUGGAUGGUAGCCGCCAGCAUAGGAGCCGUGGAGGCACUCAAAGAUCAAAUCGGAUUCUGUAGUCAGGCGAAGAGCCUUGCGCCUUCCUCUGCCGCAUUGGUCUCCAAUAAAUUGAAGGAGGCUCAACAGGCAGAAGACUCUCUAAAGAAAGUUAUGUACUUGAAUUGUUGGGGUCCUAGUUGA